AAUUGACUUUUGACGGCUGGCUGACGGAUGAAGUCAAAUGCUUUUAUCAGGGGAUGUUUAAUUAUUAAUGAAAUACUCUAAACUGUGUUUAUUUUAAUUUUAUCUGCUUGAUUGUUCGUUUACAUCAUGAAAUUUUUUUAAAUAUAUGGAUACGCAGUUAAACAGAAUUGCAUGAUGGAUCCAACUCUUGACGCGUCCUUAGUGACGCAAUCAAUAAACUAUCAUGGCCAGCAACUACAAAAGACGUGGGAAUUGGAAAGAGGAGAAGAAGAUUUAUCUAAAAUAGGCGUAUUGAAUUCCCUAGACUUCGCUGUAUACCAAUCUAGGCAUAAGCAGCUGACGUUUCAGGAUCGCGGCAAGCGUCUGAAGCUUCACCAGUUUAUAGCAAAGGAGGCUGGUGCAUUGUUUGACACCUAUGUAGCGGAAGAGAAACCAUCGCCGUCCAGUCUCGUUACUGAACAGGUUGUGCCUGAAGACAAUCUAUUUGCAUUGAUGCCACCAUUUGAAACAUUCUUAAAUGUUGACAAAACGGCAAGGUUAAGACAUUUCUUUGAUAAUCUGGAAACGGGUCAAUUGAUCAUAGGAGCAGUUAUCAAUAAAUCUGCAUCUGGUAUGAUGCUGAAGGUUCUAUGCACAGUAGGACCUACUUCGCGAUAUGUAGCUGAUCUCAAUGUGAAGGCAUUUUUACCAGUUGCAAAUAUCAUACCAGCUGUUGACAAGAAAACUGGCUUAAGAAACUACCUCGUGAAUGACACUGUAUGCUGUGAAGUGUUAAAAGUUAUCCCUGAUACUGACAAAAUGGUGUUCGGCAUGAAGGGAGUUAUGCAGAAACCAGAUGACCCUCCACCUAAUCCACCUCUCGGACUACUCAGCAGUGAUGAAUUUCCUCUCCUCUACAAAAAAACGGUGGAUAUGAAAGGAGAGAAUUAUGAAGCCAUUUUGGAGAAGAGUCCAGGCUUCAAUAACCCCAACUGCAUUCAAUAUCUUUCCGAACAACUCGGCAUCGCCAACAUACACUGCACCAAUUUUUCAACUUUAAGAGGAGGAUUUCCGCCUUCAGAAUACGCGGACGAACUCCGUCAAGCACAAGCCAGCAAGUGGGCUUUCCGCUCUGUUGCUGAGGGAAUUGAACACUUCAAAGCAGGAAGACAUUCAGAAGCGUUCCAGUGCCUAAAUAAAGCUCUGAGCAUUGACCCCAGGAACCUUGAAGGGCUAGUAGCGAGAGGAGCUCUCUAUGCUAAUAGCGGGACAUUUAAAAAAGCUAUAGAAGAUUUUGAAACAUCAUUGAAAAUCAAUCCCAAUCAUGCCAAUGCCAGAAAGUACCUCGGAGAGACUUUGGUCGCGUUAGGUCGCAGUUAUGAAGAUGAAAAUAAAAUUACCGAAGCACAAAAAGCAUAUGAAGAUUGUCUGGCAGUAAUUCCAUUCCAUGAAGAAGCGCAAAACUCUCUCGACUUUUUGAAGAGUAAGACAUUGACUGUCAAACCUUUAAUUGAACCAGCUGAAUUGCUGCUACCCGGAUUGACGGGAGCGAAGUCUUAUGAGAUGAAAGAAACCUUGAAACAGUUGUUGAAUCUUACUGAAAAGAAGGACAAGAAGAAAAAGAAGAAGCGCGGCAAGGGUAAGAAGAAACGGUCCAGCAGCUCCUCAUCGUCAUCUAGUGACUUUUCAACAUCCAGCUCAUCAUCUGAAUCUUCAUCCUCAUCGACUGACUCCAGUGGUUCCGAAGGCCCGAACCGCAAAAAGAAGAGACGUUCACGUUCGAGUAACAAGCGGCAACGAUCAUUGUCUCCGCUCAGCAAGCGAAUGGAGAUGAUGGCGGCACCUGAAGCCGGCACAAGGACACACAACUCGCAAUUCAAUCACCCUUACGGAUACCAAGCCCCGCCACCGCCAGUAGAACAUAUCAACCCUGAACCGCAGCGAUCGCAAGCAGAUAUCGAUUACGAAAUGAAGGUACGGAAAUUCCUAGAGAUGACCAAAGAAGAUUCUGAUUACGAAGAGAAAGUGCGCAAUUAUCUGGAGGAAACUGCGCAGUACAAACGCAAUCGUAAGAUGCAGGAGUUGGGCCAGCAGCCACAGCCGGGCGCUGAUAGGGAUAAGAAGAAAAAGAAGAAGAAAGACAAAAAAAAGAAAAAAGACUCGAAAAAGAAGCGUAAGGAACUGGAAAAAGAAGAGAAGAGGAAAGCUAAACUCGCGCGCUCCGCCGCGAACGAGUAUAAUUUACGCGACUUGGAUGCCAUCGGAGAAAAGAAACUUAGAGAAGCCAUCAGGAGAGAGUUAAAAAGCAAAAAGAGAGAUCACAGUACUGACGGUGAAUAUGAAAAAAAACAGGAUAAGAGGAUGCUAGACGAUAUGCACGGGCUCGAGGAGCUGGAGUCCAAGCUGAGCGCGUACCACGUAAUGGUCGAGAAGGAGGUCCUGCACAAGCGCGACGGGCGCGGCUCGCUCAGCCCCGGCGACCAGGCGCCGCCGCCGCCGCUCGAGAAGCCCAAGUGGAAGAUGUCCAUGAGCGCCGUCAAGGAUGCAGUUAAGAAAAAGGAGACAUCUGUGCCAAAAGGUUACAAAGAACAUUAUGCAUUUGAAGACAGUUCCGAUGAAUCGCAUAGCAAUUCAAAACCAUCACCAUCCAACGGUGACAAGAAUGUAUCAGUGCGUCGUGCGAUGGCCAUGAAGGAGCCGCCGCCGCUGCCGAGCGCGCCGCCGCCCAACAAGCGCGAGCCCGACCCGCCCGGGACCGAGCCCUCGCACCCCGUUCGUAAAGGAAACAUAGUUUUGGACAAGUUUGGCUCGUUCCGCUUGGCGCAGGAAGGCGAGACACCGGUGUCGGUGGGCGACGGGCGGCCUGAGCAGUUCGUGACCCGCAUCAAGCCCCCUUCACCUUCGGGACGACGACCUCGCUCGCCGCCUUCUCCGAGAAGGCGAUCUUCCAACUCUUCUGAAGAUGAUAGAAGAGCCAAACGCUCCAGGAGCAGGUCCCGACCACGCAAGUACCGAUCUCGAUCCCGCUCCCGCUCUCGCUCGGCGUCCAGCGCCAGCGGCUCGGUAGCCUCCCGUCGCCGACGCUCGGGCUCGCCUCGCUCCCGCUCCCGCUCUGACGCCAGUCGCUCCUACUACUCGCGCAGCAGGUCCCGUUCGCGCUCGGGCUCCAGGUUCCGUCGCUUCGUCCGGCGCGGCAACUGGCGCGGGCGCGGCGGCUUCGAGCGCGGCACGUACUACCGGCCGCGCUUCCACACGUACAGCGGCGGGAGAGGCCGCGGCCGCGGCGGGGGCGACUUCCGCCGCGACGACGGGCGCCGCUUCCAGCAGGAGUGGCGCGACAACCGCUCUCGCGGCGGCCGCCCCUUCAGGCCUCGCCGCGGUGGCGGUGGCCGUGGACGACCCUUCCGGGGAGGUUACCGCGAAUUCAAAGAUCGCAGAGGCGGUCGGUUCUCCAGAUCGCGAAGCCCUGAAAGACCACGACGAUCCAGAUCACACAGUCCUGAUAAACGUGAAAAAGACAGGGAUAGCUACUCUCGUUACUCUGAACGUGAUGGUCAUCGUAGUGAGGGAGAAUUUGAAGAAAGAUUUGUGGAUAGAAAAGAGUAUGACGGGAAGUGGGCAGACGGAAAUGAGCCUGAGAGAAAUUCCCAUGCUGAGGGAAAACCCGUUGAAGAUGUUCCCACAGAGUAGUUACGUUUUUUAAUUAACUACCUACUUAGUUAAUAAAAAAAACAGACUCUGUUUACGUUCUUUGGGUGCAUACAAUGUAGUCAUAAUUAUAUAAGUCAAUAAUUCUGUCUGUACAUAGUCUUAAACAUUGAUCGAUGUUAGGAAAUUCGUAAUAUUUCGUCAUGUUUUAAUUUUACAGACGUAGUAAUGAUAUGAAUAAAUGAAUUAACCAUAUUUG